AUGGUUCUCGACAUGACUCCCAUUCAACAUAACCUGCGCGAUGAUUUGAUUAAGAAGUGUGACCAAUUAUUCCAUCUAAUAUCUGGCUAUGCUAUUGCUAAAAGCAUUGGACGAGUUCACUAUUUGCCAUACGAGAAGGAGCAUAUGGAAGUCGUCUUGAAGUACUUGGAACUGUUCAAGCGAGUGUUUCCUGCACUGGAAAGAACAUACAUCUUAGGGCAGAUUGGGAUAAAUGCAACUGUGUGCCAUUCGCUAACCAUUCUUGUUGUACUUGUGAUAAUCCUAAAC